AGUAAUUUGGAGAUUAGGUAUGACGUAGUUUUGAACUUGGUCUUUGUCCAUAUCAAAAGCUGCCACCUUUUCUCCCCCUUCUCUGCCUUUCACUCCAAAGCCACUCACCGCAGAGCACCAUAGCAGCACAAAGGCUGAACUUGAAAGUAGAAACCAUUUCCCCACUACUUGGCACCUAAAAUUUUUGUCCAGAUGUGGAACCACAACUAUGAAGAUGAAUUAAUCAAAUGCCACAGAUUUGCUGUGGGCCUUGCAAAGGAGAUUGAUUACAAGAACCAAAGGUUGUUGGAGAUGGAGCAUAAGUAUAAUGAGACAAUGGCUACUGUUUGCAGACUUAAAGAGGAAGUUAAAUCCAAAGACACGAGAUUUUUGGAAAUGAAGCAGAAGUACAAUGAGUCCUCUGCAACUGUUAAAAGGCUGAUGAAUGAAACAGAUUUGUUGCAUUCAGAGAUGAGAAAAACGCAGUCCAUCAACAGGAAGCCGGAUGAGGCCUUGAAAUGUAAAAAGAAAGAGCUCGACCAGCAAGCCAAAGAAUUGGAAGAGAGUAAAGCCCAUAAUGACCUGGAGCGAAGAAGUUUUUUGAACGACAUUGAAAAGUUGAAAGAAGAAUUGCAGGCUCAAGAGGAAAAGACAGAUGCAAUAGAAAACCUUAACUCUGUUCUGUUGGUUAAAGAGCAUAUGAUUAACCAAGAGCUACAAGAGGCUCGCAAAGAAUCAAUAGAAAGCUUGCAAAAUAUGUUGACUGGGCGAUCAAAACUGGGAAUAAAAAGAAUGGGGGAGGUUGACUGGAAACCUUUUGGAGAUAUAUGCUCACAGAAAUUCCCUGGUGAAGACUGGGCGAAGAUAUCUGCUGAAUUAUGUUCAGAAUGGCAAGAAAAGUUGAAGAAUCCACAUUGGCACCCUUUCAAGAAAGUCAUGGAAAAUGAUGAACCACAAGAACAAAUAGAUGAAGGCGACGAAGACUUGAAAGAGUUGAAAACUAAAUGGGGUGAGGAUGUAUACGAGGCUGUUACCAAAGCAUUGCUGGAAAUGAAUGAAGUCAAUGCAAGUGGGAGCUAUGCAGUCCCAGAAAUUUGGAACUUAAUGGAGGACAGGAGAGCCAGUAUGAAAGAAAUCAUUCAGUAUAUAAUCAAGCAAUUGCGGGCUCAUAUGCGUAAAAGAAAACGUUGUUAAUGUUGGCACCAGGUCUCACUUUAUUAUCUCCAGUGACGUUGUUGUUUUGAACCCGAUUGUUCUCUCGAGUCCCUGGUGUUUAUCGUCUUCUCUGGUAGUGUGUUUAAGGUUUUUCUUGGAAAGCCAGAUCUAUGUGUCUUCACCAGAGAUCUCUUGUCACGCGCCCCCUAGCUGCUUUCACUAUCGUUUGUCGGUCCAGUCGUCUCAAGCUGUGGUCGCGUCGCUAUUCCCUGACCGGCUCUUGGCCAGCACGCGCAGAGUUCCUGUAUCUACACCUGAGGGCCAUGCGUCGUUUCUCAGGCCUAGUUUGUGGUGGUUCGUGGUGGUUGAGUUUUGCUGGGGUCUCGAGAUUUGGUGCGUGUCUUGAUCGUGCCGACUUAGGAAACGGCCAGCUCCUUUCCGGCAAGGGCAGUGGUUGGAUUUUCUGUGUGGUUUUGUAUAUUCUUGUCUCUUUGCUUGGUUUCUUUGCAAUGGGCUGAUAUUGCUUGGGCUUUUUAGUGGCUUUUGCUAGACUAGGCCUCUUUUCCUUUGUUGGGUUGUGCUUUAUUGUUUUGAGAGGCCCUAAUGCUUGGUCUUGUUAUGUCUAGCCUGUUGUAUUUGUUUCCCUGUUAUGUUCUAGUUUAGGCAGUUUGCACUAAGGUCAGAUUUUACUAGUCAUUGGUUAGCACGGGGUGGUGCUGUUUGUACACCUAUGGUGGAUUGCUUUGUACCCUUACCUUGUUAAAUGAAAGAUUGAU